AUUAUCUUUGUAUUUUUAGUAAUUAAAAUUAAGAUUAUAGUUUAAUCAAAAAUUGUUUUCAUAUUAUUUCAUAAAUUUUAUCAUUUUUAAGACAUGUCCAGCGGUUGUAUUGACGUUGAAGGAAACAAUAUUUGGUAUGAAAAGUUUGGUACCGGCCCUCACCCCUUAUUACUAAUACCUGGAGCCAUUGGCACCGGUAGGACUGACUUCGGACCACAAAUUCAGGGGCAAAAUGCGCUAAACCUGAAAAAGUAUACGUUAGUUGCGAUGGAGCCGUUAGGGUGGGGUAGGUCGAGGCCUCCCAUCAGGAAAUAUGAUAACCAGAUCUAUAAUAACGACGCCUAUCAUGGCUAUAAAAUUAUGGAGGCGCUCGGAUACACCAAUUUCUCGGUGAUGGGCUGGUCAGACGGGGCCAAAACAGCUAUAAUAAUGGCUGCCCUCUACCCGUCCCGUAUCAGGUCGUGCAUAGUGUGGGGAAUCGUGACCUAUGCCUCGGAAAAGGAUAUCAAGGCUGUGGUGGUCACCAAAAACAUCAAAUUCUGGGGAAACGAUUUGAUACAGAAUUACGAGAGUGUUUACGGGGAAGAGUGGUUCGGUCUGUGGACCCGACACAUGGAGUUCCUCGAGAAAAUUCAGGAGCUUUUCCCCAAUGGCUUUGUUAAGAAUGACUUGCAGAAAGUCCGGUGCCCUAUAUUUGUCAUGCAUGGCGACCAGGACCCGAUCGUAGGUGUGGAGCACUCGCACUAUGUAAUCAAGAAUAUCUCGGACUCCCGACUCCACCGCUUCCCCAAAGGCUCCCAUAAUUUGCACUUCACUUUCGCCAAAGAAUUCAAGCAAUUAGUCGAGGAUUUUCUCAGUGACGUCGACGACGGGUAUUCAUUUAAACAUAAAGAUAUCAAGGCUGUGGUGGUCACCAAAAACAUCAAAUUCUGGGGAAACGAUUUGAUACAGAAUUACGAGAGUGUUUACGGGGAAGAGUGGUUCGGUCUGUGGACCCGACACAUGGAGUUCCUCGAGAAAAUUCAGGAGCUUUUCCCCAAUGGCUUUGUUAAGAAUGACUUGCAGAAAGUCCGGUGCCCUAUAUUUGUCAUGCAUGGCGACCAGGACCCGAUCGUAGGUGUGGAGCACUCGCACUAUGUAAUCAAGAAUAUCUCGGACUCCCGACUCCACCGCUUCCCCAAAGGCUCCCAUAAUUUGCACUUCACUUUCGCCAAAGAAUUCAAGCAAUUAGUCGAGGAUUUUCUCAGUGACGUCGACGACGGUGCCCUGUCCAGUGUGGCACCGGGUGAUACCAUUAAUAUGGCUGAUGGUCUGUAUAAGGGAAGCGUAUUCACGGGCACCACAUCGGGUAAAAGCGGAUCACCCAUUACUUUGACCGGAUCUCGAAAGGCUGUCCUCACGGGCACUCAGUAUGGCUUUUGGCUGAAGGCCGACUGGUGGGUACUUAAGGGGUUCACUGUAGCCAACUCGCCAAAGGGGGUUAUGCUGGAGGGCGCCAACCAUAAUGUGUUGGACGGACUGGAGGUCUAUAAUACC